AUGGCACAGUUGUGUCACGAGAUUCGCAACAACCGGUUGAGUGUUCAUGGCGUUGGUCUGCAGAACCACUCCACCCUGCAAGGAUUGAGACGCCGGAACUGUCAGCGAUAUCCCUUGAUGGCUAAGGUGAUUUAUCAUGCUGAUGCUCCCACGUUGUAUUCCAAUCAGGCUCCAGAGCUUGCCAUGCGUCCCGGCGACAGUGGACCUGGACCAGAGAAUGGCGAUGAUGGCCCAGGGGACGAUGAUUGUGCCGGUCUUGAUGCCGGCGACGACGACGACUCCGAUGCAGGAAGUUCUACAGGAGGUCCCCGGGAACUUGCAGCUGUAGUGGAGAGACAUGAGGGCGACACGACGGGCAUUGUUCCAGUGCUGCAACGUCAGACAGCUGAGUCCAAGCUGUUGCUGCAUGCACUGAUGCUGAGCAGGUUAUGUGGUCUUAUGAAAGAUGAAGAUCAUUUCUUUUCACUUCCAUAUCCUGCCAAAGCCAUGCGAACCCUGGCUACUGCUUUGAGGAUGGUUCAGCAGCCAGGCUAUCAGCCUGGUAAUGAUAUCAAUUUGGAUGCGGAACUGGGGAUUCGCCCACGAAGAGGCACGGAACUGCCGAUCGAGGCGACACUUGCCCACAGGAAAGAGCUUACUGUUGCAGCACGAUCCACGAUGUUCUUCAAGGUUGUGAGGUCCAAUCCCGGGUCCCUCAAGCGGCACAAAGUGGAGAAUGAGAUCGGCUUCACAGCAGCCGACAUCGUCGUGGCACCUCGCAGGCUGUGUUGCAUCCAGUCGUCUCAGAGGCGGGUCGCUGUUGGAGCCACGUCCCUGCAGCUUCCUGCGCGGACACGGGAAUCGAUGGCUGGAAACAGUGUGAUCAUCAGCUUUUCAGCCUUGGAGUGUGAGCAGCUGGCCGAGCUCCGUGUGUGGGAGACGAAAGAUGGCAUCCAAUGUUUCGUCAAGACUGACCAGUUACCAGAGUCAGAAAAGUGGUCACGUGACAGACAGGAAGCAGCAGGCAUCCUUCUAAGCGAGUUGGUUGAGAAUGCUGCUGGUGUGCGGGACACAUUCUGGCGACUUGCCGGUGAAAGAAAGGAGCUUUUACAGCUUUUUCACGAGCGUGGUUGGGUGGAGAAGCGACAGGACUCUGGGCUUUGGGUGAUGACACCGGCAGGGAAGACGGCGGUGGAUGUCUGCUUCUUUCUUUGCAAGCCCGAGCCAGUGUUGGAAGUUCGAGCAGAUGUCCCGCUUCAAGACCUUUCACCGUGGGAGCUGGCUUUGUUGUUGCUUCGCAAGGGAUUUCAACAUGUGGUGAAAAGACGCUUAAAGAAGGAUGCUGACUUUCUGCCAGGUGGUGAUGACAAGAAGUGGUAUUCCGCACCGAAUGCCACAACUGCCUCCAAGGAAUACCUGCGGUGCUUGCUGCAGGGUGAUCUACAGGUUCCACAUUGGAAGUCCAAUGGUUUUUACACCGCUUUGCUGGCCGGGGAGCAUUAUGAACCAAAGCCACGGCCAUUAACACUGUUUGUGUGCGAUGAGAAUGACAUGGAAGCUUCUUUGCCCAAGCCAACUCGAGCUAGACGAGUGCAGAAGGCUCCCCGGAAGCGGAAACCACAGUCACCGGCUUCUGCGUCGGAGCAUGAAUCUGCAGAUCAUGCUGCUGCAUUGGAAGAUGAAUGUGAACAUGCUUCUUCGGAUGAGCUACAUGAAGUGCCGGAGGGCAGCAGCAGCUCUCGGCCCAUGGAUGCUGCUGAUCCUGGGCAUGUGCAGCCUGUGCAGCCGGAGAUGCAGCAACCUGCUGCAGAACAGCCUGCGUCAUCUAGCUCGUCCUCCUCCUCCGACUCUUCAUCUUCUUCCUCAGGUUCAAGCUCGAGCGGUGAGGAUGAUGAUGCUGCAGCGUCUUCUUCCUCAGGUUCAAGAUCGCGUGAUGAGGAUGGUGCAGCAGCUGAACCUAGUGCAGUGCCAAGAGCAGCAGAACCCGUGCGAGCAACCAAUGUGAACAACAGCUUUGCCUUUGGCUUGAACCAUGUCACCCAGGUCUUCAAGGACGGUGUCUUCGAUGGUUUUGAGAUGACAUGCCACCACCCAGACCAUAAGACUGGCAGCCAGAAGUGCCGCAAGCACCUCAAAGCCGUCACGCGCACCAGAACUGAAGCUGAGACAUUGCAGAUGCUCAAGGUCUGGGGUGCCUGGGGUGCCAAGGUAGCAACACGUGAGCAACAUGCCAUUAUUUGGAAGAAAGUCGUGAAAGCCCAGCAAGAUGGCACUUUGCCAGAGACAGUGGAUCCAGUCAGGUCGUUCGAGAGAGCCGGGGUGUCGCUGCAAAGAAGCGUGCCCGGCGCUGAUGUGCACCCAGAUCCGGAGUUUCCUGCUGAUUGUGCGCAAAAGCCUCAUGUGUGUUGUUAUGUGCCUCGCUUAUGA